AGAAACUCAGUUUUUCGUUCCGCUGAGUGAAUCGUUCAAUCGAACUUUUCCGUACAACUCGCCUUAUUAUUUUUCACUAGCACAAGUUAAGUUGGAAAAAGGCAAUUGAAAAUAUUAAAGUCGGCCUGCAGAAUGAGCGCGCCGAGCAACAAAAUGUCGGCAACAGAUCAGAUGCGUGCUAUGCUGGACCAAUUGAUGGGAACCACGCGAAACGGCGACGAUGGACGCGGCCUCAAAUUCUCAGAUGCACGCGUCUGCAAGUCUUUUCUGCUGGACUGUUGCCCACACGACAUCCUGGCAUCCACGCGCAUGGAUCUUGGUGAGUGUCCCAAAGUGCAUGAUCUGGCUUUUCGUGCAGAUUACGAAAGUGCGUCCAAGUCGCGUGAUUACUACUACGAUAUCGAGGCCAUGGAGCAUCUGCAAGCAUUCAUUGCGGAUUGUGAUCGGCGCACAGAUUCGGCUAAGCAACGGCUGAAGGAGACGCAGGAGGAGUUGACAGCCGAGGUGGCCGAGAAGGCAAAUGCAGUCCACAGUCUGGCGGAGGAGAUUGGCAAAAAGCUGGCCAAGGCCGAGGCACUUGGAGAAGCUGGCGAAGUGGAAGACAGCAUGGAACUGAUGAAGGAAAUUGACGAGCUGCGCGGCAAGAAGAUCAAAGCCGAGCACGAAUACAGAACCUCAAUGCCAGCCUCAACCUACCAGCAACAGAAGCUACGCGUCUGCGAAGUGUGCUCCGCCUACUUGGGCAUACACGACAAUGAUAUCCGUCUGGCGGACCACUUUGGUGGUAAGUUGCAUCUGGGCUUUCUCACCAUACGCGAGAAGCUCAUCGAGCUGGAAAAGACAGCAGCACCGCGCAAGGCAGAACUUAAGCGCUCGGGUAAGAUACCAGAUCGCGAAGAGGACGGCAGAGGCAGAAAUCGGUACUUUGUAGGUGGACGCGAGCUGGACCGACGAUCGCGUGUUCAUCGCUCUCGUUCCAGGGAGCGCCAGCGGCAGCGCGAUGCAGAAAAACAAACCAAUGACAGAUCGAGCGAUAGAAGCGCUGAGCGGGCCAAUGUACGAGAAGUUGACAGCGAACGAGCCGCGCCCCGUGGACGCGAAGCUGAUGGGCGCGGCCUCGGACGCGGUGGUGGGGGAGGAGGAGGAGGUGGUGGUGGCCCCGACAACAACAACUCUCGAGAUAAUCGCGAUAAUAGAGAUCAGCGUGAUGUACGAAGGGAUAGAGAUCGCAACAUGCGCAACGACAGAGGACGUUUCGGUGGUGGUGGCGGCGGAGGAGGCGGUGGUGGAGGAGGAGGAGGAGGCGGUGGCCCGAAUGAUCGUCGCAAUGAUAGACGUCGCUCCCGCUCGAGAGAUCGUUCGCCGCGCGAUCGCCGCAACUUCAACAACAACAAUUUCGGCAACAGGCGACGCUCCUUCUCCCGCGAACGCCAUCGCCGCUAGAUAUGUGGAGAGGCAGCAACGGAGUCCAGUUCCACACGGCAGUGUCCAGCGCACGUACGUAGCAUUAAUAACCAACCACAACAGAAAACAAAAACAAAAAAAAAAAAAACAAAAACAACAACAACAACAGCAACAACAAAAUACCAACCAACAAUAGAGCAGCAGAAAUUAACUAAUUGCAUUAUUAUUUAAUUAAUAAAUGACUUAAAUACACAGCUA